AUGAAAGACUCAUCGUUGGGUUAUGGAAGAUCCCAUCCUAACAUUGCAGUUAUAAAGUACUGGGGGAAGGUAGAUACAAUAAACAACACCCCUUCAAAUUCAUCUGUCUCCUUUCCCUUGACAAACUUUCAGACUGAAACGACUGUUGAAUAUUCCAACUCAGACAGGUUCUACUUGAACGGCGAGAUGCUCUCCUUUGGAAAGAAAAUGAGCCAAGUUGUGGAGAUAUUCAGAACAAGGUCGGGAGAUAGGAGAUCUAUCUGUGUCAGGUCAUUCAAUAACUUUCCUCAUUCCUGUGGACUUGCAUCAUCUGCAUCUGGAUUUGCAGCAUUAGCACUGGCUUUGGAUGAUUUUUACGGCCUUAAAACAUCGGAGGAGGAGUUGUGUAGAAUUGCAAGGAUCGGAUCAGGGAGCGCAGGAAGAAGUAUAUCUCCGGGAAUUCAUUUGUUUGACGGGGUGUUUGUGGAGAAACUUCCUAGCUGGAGGGAAAUAAAAAUCCUUUCUAUUGUGUUGUCGAAAGAUCCGAAGAAGAUAGGGAGUACAGAAGGAAUGAUCCGGACAAGAGAAACAAGUGAGUUUUAUCAAGAAAGACUUGCUAGGAUGAAAGAGAAGGUUGAAGCUAUGGCCAAGUGCAUUUCCCAGAAGGACUUUGAUGGGUUUGCCUACCUCACUAUGAGGGAAUCCAACGAGUUCCAUGGUAUGCUCAUGGAGACAUAUCCCCCAAUCAGAUAUAUAAAAGACGAUGGCUUCCAAGUUAUUGAAAUGUGCCACAGGUUCAACAGAGACAAAGUAAGAGUUGCUUACACAUUUGAUGCAGGCCCAAACCCAUUCAUAAUAACUUUAGAGCAAUAUCUUAAGGAAGUAAAAGACUUCUUUAGGGCUUAUGAGCUGGUUCCAUGCAACUACUAA